CUAGACUUUUAGUGGCUGGCAAGGCGUUGCAGGCGGCGGUACGAAAAUUGCUCGCGUUUACAGCUGAACGGCGAAAAUAUAAAAUAAACAAUCGCUGCAGCAUAAAAUAGGUUUCGAGCGAUUAAAGAGUGUCCGUGGCAGUGCUGAAAUCGAAUAUUACGCAUACGCCGGGUGGGACGGAGCUCGGGACUGCUGAUUAACUCGGGAAUCUCUGCGAAAUGGCUGCCAUGCAGUCCGGUGGACGACCCCGCGAACGAUUGUUGUACGCCUUCCGAGGUUGGAUAGCAUUCGUGGCCUUCAUGGAUUUGGGCACGGCUUUCAGGAGCUAUAUAGAAAGACGCAGCUUCCUGGGCGACCACAGCGACACUCAGUUCAUAGAGGGGGACUACACCAUAUCGCGAAUCAUCGGGAUGUACUGCCUGCUGAAGGCCAUCGCCCUCGUCCACUGCACCCUCUACAUCCACUACAAGCCGGUGGUCAGCAUGGGUGGCUGCUCCUUGGCCCUCACCAUGAUCUUCUAUGCCACCGAGGCACUCUACUUUCGCUCCAGCACCAUUAACUUCUACGUGAUCUUCCCGUGUGUGCUAAAUUCUAUAACUCUACUGGGCCUAAUUUACAUACCCAAACGACUGCGGCUCUGGGAGCCAAAUAUGGAUCUCGAUGACGAGAACUCACAGCUUCUGAAGCAAAUGACGGGAUUUAAGAGACGACGAGCGAAAAAACAAUAAUUUACUAUCUAAAAAUCUGAAAAGCAAUAACUGGAAGGCCAUUGAGUUUCCGGUAGCACAGUAUUGUGAAAGAAUCGCAAAUUUUUCGCUUUGGACUGCAUUGGUGUGAUAGAAACGACAUCAUGUUCAUCAUUAUAUACUUAAUAGCAAUACUGAAAACAACGCCAAAUUAGUGAUUCUAUAAACUAGGUAGAAAUGGGGCUUUAUGGUCCCGGAAUAAGUCAAUUUCUGGCAUAAUCACUUCAAGACAUACAUACGUUGUACUUCCUUUUUAUAAAGCAUAUUUAUAUACAUUUAAGAAUGUAUAGCACAAUAGAGUUUUUGCACUUUUAAGAGUUGAAAAUCUAUAUAAGGAACUAUUUAUCUAAUUAUCAGAGCUAGCACCCAAGUUAAAUAAUUCAAAUCGAAAGGCUUUAAAUUUAUGAAUAAGUUAAUAAUCAUCUUUAUUAGUGUUGCCUUGGAAUUUUAGUGUUGGACUUUUCCAUUACAUAUUUGUACGAUUAUCAACAUAUAGAUAAUGCUUCCGUAUCGAUCAUAAAAUUAAGGCGCUUAGUUGAACAUUUUAUAGUCAUCACAUAUGAUUGAAAGUUAUAUAAAUCGAAAAUGAAACCCAU